UUACCUUUCAUACCUCGCCGUCACGUUCGAGACCGAGCCAGCCAACCAACAACGUGGGCUAUAUCGCGCACCUCCAAAGUCUAGCAACAAUGUCAACCGAGCCAAAUAGCUCGCGGCCAUUGACACCCACUCUGUCAUCGGGCCUUGGAACGCCCACAGAGUCGAGCUUCAUCUUUCGCACCAUCGCAGGCACAGGCUCCUCGACCCCGGCUCCUGACGCUCCAACCUCGCGCGCCGCCAUGACCGCGACACCCGUCCCCAAUGAGCGCACGCGCCUCAUCACCUACGGCGAGUCCCAGGGCGACGGCUUCGGCGGUGCGCACCACCAGCACAGCGUUGUCGGCCUCGGCGACCACGACGACCCAGAUACCGACGAUACGCACCUCCAGGUCGGCGGGCACCACCACCACGACGGCGCUCCUGACGACCCGAACAAUCCGGGGUCUGGCCGCGGUCGCCUGGGCACCACCAAGGCCGUAGCGAAGAAGAUCCGCCAGCGCUCCAAGUACUACGUCCCUGUCACGGCGUGGCUACCAGAAUACAGCUGGGCAUUGUUUGCCGGUGAUGUGUCUGCUGGCGUGUCCGUCGCGUGUCUCCUCAUUCCGCAGGCCAUGUCCUAUGCCAACGGUCUGGCACACCUCCCGCCCGUGGCCGGUCUAUGGGCAUCGGCCAUCCCAGCGCUCGUGUACGGAGCCCUUGGCACUUGCAGGCAAAUGUCCAUGGGACCCGAAGCGUCUCUCUCACUGCUCAUGGGUAACACCAUCAACGAGCUCGUGCAUAGUGACCCACACUCGACGCCCGAGAAUGCAGACCUUGAGGCCAUUGCCAUUUCGGUCAUCACGACGUUUAUGGCAGGCGCCAUGACUACCAUUCUCGGUCUUCUCCGACUCGGCUUCCUGGAUGUCGUGCUUUCGCGGGCUCUGCUCCGCGGUUUCCUCACCGCCAUUGGUUGUAUCAUCAUGAUCGAGCAGCUCGUGCCAUUGCUUGGCCUCGCGCCGGUCCUCCGUGCCCACGACGACCCGCCGACCUUGCCGCUCUCCAAGCUCGUGUUCAUUCUCAAGCACAUUCGCCAAGCCAACAUUCCCACCACGAUCCUGUCAGUUUGCUGCAUUUCUUUCCUUCUCGGCAGCCGCAUCAUUAAGCGUCGUCUUGUCAAGCGCCCAGGUGGUGCUUGGCUGCGCUACAUUCCCGAGAUUCUGAUCUGUGUGGUUACGGUGACGGUGCUUACCCAGGUCUUCCGCUGGGACCUCCUCGGUGUCGACAUCCUUGGCAAGCUCAAGGGCGGCAAGGAGUUCCCCUUCGGCCUGCCCCUCUACCCUCGCUCGCUGAAAUAUGUCAACGAGACGUUCUCGACCGCCUUCGUCAUGGCUGUCGUCGGUGUCGUCGACUCGAUGGUCGCCGCCAAGGAGAACUCGACCAAGUACGGCUACCCCGUGAGCCCUAACCGCGAGCUCGUGGCCCUGGGCUCUGCGAACCUCGUCGCGUCGUGCAUCACGCUCACCGGUACUGUGCCCAUCUUCGGAUCUCUGACCCGCUCCCGCCUCAACGGCCAGAUUGGCGCCCGCACCCAGAUGGCCAGCAUGAUCACGGCUAUCCUCCUGAUCCUCGCUGCCCUCUUCCUCUUGCCUUACCUGUGGUUCCUGCCAAGGGCUGUGCUCGCGUCGGUCAUCACUCUCGUCGUCUACUCGCUUCUCGACGAAGCGCCGCACGACAUCAUCUUCUUCUGGAAGAUGAAGGCUUGGACCGACUUCCUCCAGAUGACCGGCACGUUCCUCCUCACCCUCCUCUUCUCCAUUGAGGUCGGUGUCGUUGCCAGCGUCUGCUUCUCGCUCCUGCUUGUGAUCCAGCGAUCGACGCAGCCCCGCAUCAAAAUCAUCGGCCGCAGACCCGACUCGGACGACUGGGUGCCCAUUGAUGAUGACGACGAGGCGCGUGAGGAGAUACCUGGAGUGCUUGUUGUUCGCAUUCGCGAACCCCUGUCCUUUGCCAACACUGGCCAGCUCAAGGAGCGUCUCCGCCGCCUCGAGCUGUACGGCCCCAAGAAGAUCCACCCAUCCGAGGCUCCGCGCCGCAGCGAGGCCAAGGCUGUGAUUCUGCACAUGGGCGAUGUUGACGACAUUGAUGCGAGUGCGUUACAGAUCAUUGGCGAGCUCGUCCAGUCGUACCAUGAGCGCGGUGUCGGCAUUUACUUUGCGCACCUGAGACAGCACCAGCUCGACAAGUUCCGUCUCGUCGGCAUUACCGAUCUCCUUGGGCCGCACCACUUCCACCCGGAUCUGCGCAGCGCCAUGAUGGAGAUUGAGUCCCUGGGGUACAGCAACACGACGCGCUCUCGCUAUGUCUAACAAACUGUAAAGCAUACUACACGUAUAUACAUUCGUUCAUAAAGCAUAGUAUGGCAUGUCAACCGACAGAGAUGCUACAAUCAUCU